AGCUUGACAACGCGAUCACAACGAUAUUUGCAUUAAAGAUGAAUGCGCUGGCGGCAUGACGGACAAAUGCAAGACAUUGCUUGCCGCUGCAGCUGUUGGAGCUUUGGCCGGAGCAAUUGCGGCUGCUGGUGUUGUUUUUGCAACCAAACGGAAGAAACUGAAGAACCAGGCCUUUCUGAAAGCCGAGUUGGAGCUUGAGCAGAAACUCCGAAAUGUGAGAGUUGUACCUGUUUUGGGUUUGGAUGGCGUGGAGAAGGCAGAUUCUUUGGCCCGUGCUUUGGUCGAGGGAGGCUUCUUUGUGAUAGAGGUUAUUUUCCGACCUUCAGCCGAAGAUUCGCUCAGACUGAUGAGCUCCACAGGUGCAUUCGUAGGAGCUGGAACUGUUCUGACUGCCCAGCAGGCUGCUUCAGCCGUCAAAGCCGGGGCAAAGUUCAUCACUACUCUAGGCCUGAACAAAGAGGUGGCGGACUGGUGCCUGGAUCAUGCCAUCCCUGUCAUACCUGGGGUUGCUUCACCUUCUGAAGUUGAGCAAGCAAGUAGGAAUGGUUUCACCAUGUUGAAAUUCUUCCCUGCAGAGGCAAACGGUGGUCCGGCAGGUCUAAAGGCAGUCGCUACACCAUAUCCACACCUGACCUUUUAUCCAACGGGUGGAGUCUCCGAAAAGAACCUCCAGGACUACCUUUCCUUGAGCCAGGUUGUUGCCGUUGGUGGAACGUGGAUAGCUCCUCAGGAUUUGAUCGCAUCGGAGAACUUUGAGCUUUUGAGUACACUCGCACACAGUACCCUCCAGGUCGUGCGGGGUAACGUGGGGCUGGCAACAAGUGGAAAAGUUGCAACUGCAUCCAUCGACCACACAGCUCGACUUUGGAGCAUUGAAACUGGAGAGUGUCUCAUGUCCUUCCUGGGACAUGAGGACCAGGUGAUGAGCGUUGCUUUUUCCCCUGACGGUGAACUCCUGGCAACAGCCUCCACUGACAAGACAGCAAAAUUGUGGCUCUGCGACAGUGGACAGUGUGCCGUGACUUGUGUUGGCCAUUCAGGCCCUGUAUACACGGCCUUUUUUUCGCCAGAUGGCUGCAACUUGCUAACUGCUUCGCAUGACCGGACCGUCAAGAUCUGGGAUACAACGACUGGUGAGUGUGAAAGGACGAUUGCCAGGUUUGAUCGCACAAUCCAUAGUGCUGUCUACUCCCCAGACGGCAAGAUGAUAGCAACCGCUACAGAUGAUCAUGAGGUGAUCAUUUGGAAUGCUGCAAAGCUUCAGCAGGUGCAGAAAAUAUCAAACCAUUCGCAGAAGGUUUUCAGCGUGCAGUUCUCGCAUGACAACGCACUUCUACUCACGGCUUCCAUGGACGGAUCUGCAAGGAUUGCUGAAAUUGAGACUGGAAGUGACAAGAUUGUGAUCACAGGUCACAAUGAUUGGUUGCGAUGUGCUGCUUUCUCGCCUGAUAGCCUCAAAGUAGUGACUGCUUCGGGCGAUGGGAAGGCAAAGACUUGGAGCGCAGUGACAGGGAAGCCUUUGUUGGAUUUGGCUGGUCAUGCGGACUGGCUUCGAAUGGCGGCGUUCUCGGUCGAUGGUGGCUUGAUUGUUACAGCAUCCAAAGAUGGUACUGCCAAAGCCAGCUUCUCAGCACAUCAAGCACUGACUGGAUGCUGAAUCUGCAGUGGCCUUGAGGUAUGGAGGGCUGAUAAUGGCGAGUGUGCCUGGGAUUGCGUCCAGUGUCUCAGCACUCUCAGGAAACUUGCAUCUCAUUCGCAACUUUAGGCAUCCGAACACUGGAUGGACACAAAGCUUGGGUGAGAUGGGCAGCCUUUUCCCCUGGGCAGAACCGAAGACUGUCUGUGGGCUUCGGUGGACUUUGACAAUCUGAGGGUGAGAGUUUUGAGCCUUCAGGACGACAAUGGAACUCCUGCUUUGAAUCGGGAGUGACGCGAGUGACGCAACAGCCUUUGUCAUCUGAAGAACUUCGGCAGGUGACAUUGAGCAAGGCCGUAAAAGCUGAGCAAGGCCAUCGAUUUGCA